AUGCACGGUGUUGCAUUUACAUCAAGCAGUGCCAUUGCAAUAUCUUGUUUCACUUUUGAUCCGUUCCCGCUUUGCGAGACGGAGCAUAGCUUCGGCGACGGCCACACGGGUGACGGCGCGAAUUCGAAUCGUCGGCAUUGCCGUGCAACUCGCCACCGCGGGUUCACAAUCGUCGAUGCAGUCGUUGCGGCCGUCUCGCUUCUUGUCCCCUUCGAGGUGUCUCACUUCUCAUCUCUGGCGUGUCGUCUAGCUUCUCGUCCCCUUCGAAGCGUCUCGCUUCUCACCCUCUUCGAGGCGUCUAGCUUCUCAUCCACGAUGUGGCGUCUUGCUUCUCGUCCCCUUCGAGCUUCUCGUCCCCUUCGAAGCGUCUCGUUUCUCGUCCCAAUUGAGGCGUCUAGCUUCUCGUCCCAAUCGAGGCGUCUAGCUUCUCGUCCCCUUCGAGGCGUCUGGCUUCUCGUUCCCGACGUGGUAUCUUGCUUCUCGUCCCCUUCAAAGCGUCUCGCUUCUCGUCUCCGGCGUGACGUUUCGCUUCUCGUCUCCGGCGUGGCGUCUCGCUUCUCGUCCCCUUUGAGAUGUUUCGCUUUUCGUCUCCGGCGUGGCGUCUCGCUUCUCGUCCCCUUUGAGAUGCUUCGCUUCUCGUCUCCGGCGUGGCGUCUAGCUUCUCGUCCCCUUCGAAGCGUCUCGUUUCUCGUCCCAAUCGAGGCGUCUAGCUUCUCGUCUCCCUCAAAGCGUCUCGCUUCUCGUCUCCGGCGUGGUGUCUAG